AUGCCAGAGCAUCGCCUGUCUCGACUGCUCAAAACGACGCUUCUGCGGCGAGCCUCGACGCCUUCCGUCUCGCAGUCCCACAAGGCGGAUGACAGAGCGGAGGAUCCGAUCGUUCCAGUUCCAAGCCUGCCGUCCGGGCCUGCUCCGCAGCUCUUCGCUCCCGUCGACUCCUUCUUCAAACCUCGCUCGCGCAGCGUUGUAUCCUCCCUGCCUAUCCCUAGUCCAUCCUUCGUUGACGAACCCCCUCCUCCUGUCUCCGGUUCCAACCCCGAUCCUGACUUCUUCCAGGGUCAGGGGGCCGACAGUUCGCCAGCACCGCCAGCCGUGCCGCCGCGGAAUAAACACCGCCACCACGACCCAUCGUUAUCUCAACACGCUCCGAAUCCCCCAGGAACAGCAACGGAUACGCCUUCGGACGAUCCCCAGCGACAGCAGCAGCCGGAGGAAGAACGCUCAAAGGGCCGUCUCCAGAGUGUCUCAUCGACUAGUUCCGGCUCCAGACCUGCCAAUUCCCCUCCGCAGACCACUCCUCUCACCGAAGGUCCCUCCACCGCGGCAACCACCCCAGGUGCUGCGUCGAGUCGUCCCAGUCAUCCUUCUGCCAAGCUACCGCAUGCUAACGAGACCGAAGUCGCCAAGGUUGCUACUUCGGACCCCCCACGCCCUGCCUCGAUCAAGACAGCAGAUGAACGACUUGUGAUCGAUCCCCAAUCGCCGUAUUUCGCUAACCCAACGGUGCCCAAACGUCCUACUCUUGCGGUUCGUCGGCAGUCGCUUCUCCCAUCCUCUCAGCAGCACCUGAUUGACGGUCUGUUGGAUCCGAAGCACCUGUUUCCCCACGGUGACUUGGAUACUGGCAAGCUUACCGUCAGCACGGAAAUGGCUUCACAGCGCAAGAUAUGGGUCAGAAGGCCUGGGGGAUCGGCUACGUUGGUUCCAAGUAUGGAGGAUUGGGUGGUAGAUGAGCUACGUGACCAGAUCCUCCGGAAGUAUGGCAAUUCUAUCGGCAGAAGUUUUGAUUCCCCCGAUAUCGUCAUCAAGGUUCUGCCGCGGGAAGGCUGCAACAAGAAGGCAACUCCAGAGCGGGUCUUGAAUCCAGAAGAACUGCUCUCCUCGGUAAUAGGUGCAUACUACCCCGGGGGGCAAACCGUCGAUGAGGCCUUAGUGGUUGAAGUUCCUCAGCGCCGGACUCCCAAACCAUCCCCGCGUCAUCAGAGCUACUACCACCAUCCCGAAGCUGGAGAGCAUGGGGACUACUUCACCCUUGUACCUGCUACCGGUGGGCAAAACCAGAAUGUACACACUGCCUCUUCCGCAUCGCACCAGCCUCAUUCGAUGUCAAUUCUCACUACCGGUGUCGCACCGCCGUUGCCUUCUCCUGGCAGUAUCUCUGGGCGACAUCCGCGCCGGCCUCCGCUGACUAGGCAUACAACAAAUUCCCCGACCAUGCUUGGGUCAGCCUUAAAUGUAAAGGAUACCGCUGUCCCAGGGAAUAACCAGCAUUCUGGCCAAACACCACCAGUCCCAGCUCCGCCAGUCCCACCACCGGAGCCCACUCCAAAGCAACCGUAUACGCCUCCAGCGCGUGUCGCAUCUCCCCAUCCAAACCGAAAAACGAAGGUAGCCGGGAAUAACAUGUCAUCGGCCUUCGGCGGUCUUAUCGAGGGUACAGUUCCCCCGAUUAACGUCCUAAUUGUCGAAGACAACAUCAUCAAUCAAAAGCUACUGGAAGCAUUUAUGAAACGUCUCAGUGUGCGUUGGAAAUGUGCCGCCAACGGUGAAGAAGCUGUCAGGAAAUGGCGUCAGGGAGGGUUUCAUCUUGUAUUGAUGGAUAUUCAGCUUCCGGUCAUGAAUGGCCUGGAUGCCACAAAGGAAAUCAGAAGGCUGGAACGUCUGAAUGGGAUAGGUGUAUUUCCCAAGACAGCUUCUGGACGAUCAAGCGCUUCGAGUGCCAAUGCAACUUCGCCUUCGGAGAAGAAUUCUCUUACCCCCCGGUCUCCUUCUAUCAAAGAGGAGGAUACACUACACGAUCUUUCAUUGUUCAAGAGUCCCGUCAUUAUCGUUGCAUUGACAGCUAGCAGCCUGCAAAGUGACCGUCACGAAGCACUGGCCGCUGGAUGCAACGACUUUUUAACCAAGCCUGUUGGCUUCCCCUGGUUAGAGCAGAAAGUCACAGAAUGGGGCUGUAUGCAAGCUCUGAUCGACUUCGAGGGCUGGCGAAAGUGGCGUGGUUUUGCAGAUCCUCCCCUGCCAUAUCCUUUGAUCGAUCACGGUAGCCCCAUGCAAGCAGGCGAUGGCAGCAAAGGCCUCCGAGUGCGAGAGAGAAGCUCAUCUCCCGUGUCUCCUCGCGGUUCGAUCAGCCACCACCGGCGGAAAUCUAGUGGACACAACCGGAAAGCAAGCAAUCAUUCCAAGUCACUACGAAGCGUUGCAUCCAGGAAUCUCCUCCAGGAGUCGUCGGAGAGUACAAGCGGGGGUGGAGAGACCUCAUCCGAUUCCCCGGCUAGUAUCGUCACAACGGUGAAAAUAAAGGGAGGCGCACUAAAAAACGGCGAACCUUGA